AUGAGCAACUCUAAGGGGCAGAACCCGUGCCUUGUGGUCUCCUGGCUCCUCACGCCAUGCAAUUCUCCAGCUGACUCUGUGGUCGGGCCUCUUGGCCCCGAAGAGCACUACGUCGGCCCGAUCGCGACCAGCACGUCCGCCACACCGUGCAAGUGCAACACGGUGUACUACUCCAUGAUCCAAGCAUGUGCGGCGUGCCAGGGCCUCUCUGCCUUCUCUCAACCGUGGCCGACAUGGUCUAUGAACUGCACCGACCCGUACGCGAAAGCGGUCAUUGGACAAUACUCGCUCAAAAUCCCUCCGGGCACCUCCAUUCCUUCCUGGGCGUAUCUCGAUAUCACCACUAGCGGUAUUUUCAACGCCACGGCCGCCCUCGCCCUCGCAGAGCAAGAUAAUCCCGAUUCGUCAGCUUCCUCCGCCGUUAUGACCUCUACCUCCACCACCUCCACCACCUCCACCUCCACCUCCACCUCCUCCUCCCUCUCCGCGUUCAACACGGCCUCCAGUUCCGCCAGCAUGACCUCCACCGACUCCGGUCCCUCCGGAGCCCCCAAUGGCGCUGGGGAUGGCGGCACGAAAGACCAGCAGAAGACGAACGUCGGCGCAAUCGUCGGCGGCGUUGUCGGCGGGCUUGCAGUGCUCGCGCUCGCCGCCGCCGCCGUGGCCGUAUGGGUGGUGCGGCGCCGCCGGACGAACGCGAACCGCGUCCCAAGCGCGAUGUUCUCCCCGGGGCCGGGUUCGGCGAAUGUGCCGUCCAUGACGGAGCUCCCGCCGUCUCCUGUAGCCGCAAAGCCAUUCAGGCCCUACAACCCGGACGAUCCGACGACGUUCCCGGGCUACCGGAGCCACCCAGACUCGAUCGGGAGCGGGAUGGUGGUUGGCAGCCCGACGAGCUAUCGCCCUAGUGUUGCGACUUCGGCGCGGGGGGUGUACAUGCCUCAGCUUUGA